AUGACAAAUAUCAUAAUAGAUCAUCUGAGUACAUUUACUGCUUAUAUAUUAGCAUUAUCAAUAUACUUCAAAUAUCAUCAUCUAAGGAAUUUGAAAAUUAUAAUCAUUGAAAAUGAAAUAUCACAAUCUUUACAUACUAAACCUUGGUGUGGAAUAUCAACAUUAAAUAACUUUAAAUUAUCUAAUCAAGAAUUUAUUAAUUAUUUGAUACAAUUUACUAUUCCUUUAGGAAAGGUUCUGAUUCAACCAAUUUCACCAAAUCCAGAUAUACCAAUAAAAGAAAUCAUGAAUACUAUUAUUGAUUCGAAAAAUUAUGUUGCCCUAUUAUAUCAUCCCAUUGAUUUAAUGAAUAAAAUUAGGUUUGUCAUGUUUCGUUCUGGACGAGUCCUGUUUAUAUCACCAAAUAUAAAUAUUGAUCAAAGGCAACUACAUCAAAGUAUACCAGGAAUUAAAGUGAUUAAUACCAAAAGAAAUCAUCAUAAUAUCAAUUCUUUAAUUUAUCAUUCAAAUAUCAUAGGUACAAGAUGUCAUAAUGGGAAUUUACCAUCACAAAUAUUAUGGAUACCUAAAUUUUCUUCAAAAAAGUUUGUCAAUUGUACUAUAAAUAAUUUACAAAUAAUGUUAGAUUCAAAUAUUGAUCCUCAUGCAAAUAUUGAUUUAAAUUAUGCAUUAAAACAAUGUGAUAUGGUACUUGAUACAAUAGAUAAAUUAAUGGGUAAUUCAAUUCCAUUAAAUAAUAGAUUAUAG